AGAGGUGAGCGCGGAGCAGACGCAGUCGCUGCGGCUGCAGGAGCAGGCGCGGCGCGCCCUGGCGGACGAGCUGGACAUGCACGUGGUGUCGGCGCGCCGCCAGCGCAAGCAGAUCAGCAACCUGGAGCUGGAGCGCGACAGGCUCAUCAUGCAGACGACGGACCUGGAGGUGAAGGUGGAGGAGACGCUGGAGGAGGUGCGGCUGAAGCAGAUGGCGGUGUACGAGGGCAACCGGCGCAUCGCCGACUGGGAGGCGCGCUACCGCCAGCAGCAGAACCUGUACGAGGCCGUGCGCGCCGACCGCAACACCUUCGCCAAGCACCUGCUCGAGGCCCAGGACGAGAUCUCUGAGCUGAAGCAGAAGCUGAAGGUGCAGGGCCACCACGUGGAGCAGAUGAAGGAGGACAUCUCGAUGAAGGAGGUGGACCUGCGGCGCGCCAUGAAGACGGUGGACAAGACGGAGAAGGAGAAGGAGGGGCUGCGCGUGGAGCUGCAGAAGACGCGCGACCACCUGUCGCAGGCGCGCGCCGAGAUCGCCGCCGCCGCCGCCGAGGAGCGCCGCCUGCUCUCCGUCAUC